AUGCCGAUUAAUAAACUGACAUCACGACAACGUCAAACAACUUUCGAAACUAUUGAGCCUAUAUUUUAUAAAAUAUUCAAUGAAAGUUAUUGGACUUUUCCUGAAUGGAUAUUAGAACGAAUACCACGAAAUGUUAAUACCAAACGACUUAGUUUAGAUGACUAUAAAAUGUCAAACGGCUGGCUCUAUGAAAGUUACAAUACUAAAGGAAUGUAA